CUGCCCCGACGACGGUCACACUGAAGCGGCGAGCAGCCCAAUAAAAAAAAUGUAAAUUGUGCAGCAAGUGAAAUUGAAAAGCAAUAUAUUUAAGUGUGAUCCGUGUGUUGUGUGCGUGUCCGGACACAUAAGUUUAAUAGGGGAGCGGGCGACGCCGCCUAUGCCGCCCCCGCCACGCCUCCUUUCGCCCAAAUAAAACAACACAAAAAAAAAAGAAGAGGCGAAGCACAGCGAUGGCCUCCCUACAUUCCAGUUGGCGUUAUGGCAAGCGGAGCAAAUUACAAUUACGCAUUAAAGUUUCGCAAGAUCCUGAGGAUUUUUAUCGCCUGGAUCUGCAACGUUCGGCCGCCGAAAAUGCCUUCGAUAUAUACUCCAUGCUCUGCCUGGAGGAGACACGAGAUACCAAACGCCUGUUCCUGCUCAACGCGCUGGCCUCGCUCUGUUUGGGGGCCCGAAAGGGCUCCCAUCACAGCAACAUACACUUCACCACCGAGGAGCUGCUCUACUGCCUGAGUGCCUCACUGGUGCAUACCUUUACCCAAGUGCGGGCGGCGGCGCUGAGAACGAUCCGCUAUGCCAUUAACACACCCAAGGAUAUUAAGGCGUUCAAUGCCCUACAGCUGCAGCAUCUGCUGUGUCGCUCCAUCGAUCUGAUGCUGAAGAACGACGAUGAGCGUGUCCAGGCGUUAAAGCUGGUGCGCAAAAUGCUGGCCAUUGCGCCGGAGGAUAUCAGUCCGGCGGUGGUGCGUUGCCUCGUCUCACUGGCCGAUAGCGGGAUCGAGGAGAACGACAACCUGCUACGUGCCUGUUUGGCCACUUUAGCGGAGUUUGCAGUGCUCAAUCCAGCGCUGCUCAUCGUUUGUGGUGGCGUUACGUCCAUCACUCGUAAUGUGCUGGAAUGUCACAAUCCCCGGAUAGCCGAAAGUCUAUGUGGCGUGCUCCUGUACCUGCUUGAGUGGCCACAGACGAGAAAUAUCUGCGGAGUGCGGCUAGAUUGUUUGGCGGCUCCAUACUGCGAUUUUACCUAUAGGCAAGGCAUCCAGGAUAAAAACAAAGAUGCCCGUGAACUUCGCUAUACAAGUUGUCGCUUGGCACUAUUGUCCGUGCUGCGUAGCUGGACGGGCACCCUCGAAUUCUGUGAUCCUAGUAAACCCUCAGGCCUGAAAGCAAUAGUCGACGCUCUUUAUUUAAAUCAGGUCGAAGUUAGAAAAGCAAUAUUGGAUUUGCUGUACGAGCUGCUUUCGCUGCCGCAGCCCACCUGGACUGAUGACUAUGCGGUGGCGCUGCAGGCUGUGGAUCCAUCGGAUUUCCAGGCCACUUGGCUGCUAAGCAAUGGUUUCGUAUCCGCCGAAGGGCGAUCAAUUUUGCCAUCGCUGGCAGCACGUGCUCCUAGCGUGGUGGAGCAACAUCUGUCGCUGAUGCUCUACUGUUUCCUUGAGACUGGACUGCUCAAUGCGCUCGUUGAAGUUGCUGUGGGCAGCGAUCAGUUUGUCUCCGUACAGGCUACGGUGUUAAUUGGCAAAAUCCUGCAACUUAUGCACACGCAUCUGCCACCGGACAUUUGUUGCACGAGUCCGGCAUUACCUACUUUAGUUGGUCAUGCCACACAUGGAAAUCAGCAGGCCAAUGCGGCGGUGGCAGCUUUACAAAACUACCAAAAGAUGCUGCGUCAGCGACCGGCGUCGUGUAGUCUGUUCCUAGACAGCAUUAUCCAAGGCGGUGCUCUCAUCCAGACGCGACUGUUUCGCCGGCACCUUAACGUGCAGGAGCAGGCGGGUCCCGUGCUACAGCUGCAGGAUACAGCUGAAGCGGCUGCCACUGCAGUGCCGCCUGCCGGUCAAUUUCGGACCUUGCUCGAUCGCUACCGGCUGGAUUCGGUCUCCUCUAGCGACGAGUCCAACUCACAGUCUUCGACUUCAUCGAGGUCCAGUUUUCGACUGAAACGAAAGUUACUUCCCCAUUCGUUUUUUGAUAACUUUCGAGCCUUCAAUAGGCUGCUUACCGAUUCUCGGGUCCUUAGCCAAGCGGAUGCCCAUCUCUGGGACUGGGAUGUUAUCACCACAAUACUUAAGUCGAAUUUAAUCCGCAAACUGGAUUAUACUCUGGGCAAGUUCCUCAAGCGUCUCGUAGACUUCUACAAGCCUCGCAACAAUCGGUUUUCGCACCAGGAUUUGGUACCUGGGCAGAGCCUACCCACUUAUGUCAGUGCGGGAUUGGAUUUGAUCGAUGUUCUCUUGGGCAGCAGCGAGCUGGAGUGCAUGCGAUACAUAACCGACUACUUUUCGGAUAUCAGUCAGCAACUGGCAGCUGUUACCACAUCGAAUCGUGCCCACGACUGUCUAUUUAGUCCACAGCACAUGAACAACACAAUGUGUCAACAGUAUUUCCUAUACAUCGGACGGAUGUGCCGAACUGUUAAGGGCAUCGAAGUACUCAAAAACACCACCGUAUUUGAGUAUUUAAUCAACCUGGUGCGAUUGACUGACCAUGUCUGCUAUGUGAAGCUGAUUGUGUCCGGCUUGAACUACAGCUAUGAAAAGGCACCGCGUCAGGUGCUGGAAAAGGCGCUAACGAUGGCAAAGACACGAAGCGGACGCCUAUAUGCCACUCAGUUCAUGGCUGUGCUGCUGCGUGCCAGACUACCCCACUUUGAGGUAUGGGGCAUUCCGUUGAUUAUCAAUCAGACGCGAGAUGCAGACCGAAGCGUGGUUCUGGCAGCAAUGGAUGUACUAGAGGAGGCUUGCCACGAUAAGUACUAUUUGGAGGAAAUUGUCAGCAAGUGGCCUAAUCUUACGCAGCGGGGCGACGCAGGACGUCUUCUGAUGGCACGAUAUUACUCACUGCCUCGCGGUCUGAACAGUACGAUGGCACGGAUUGAAGAGGAGAUUCGGUACUGGCGGAAUGGCUACAAUAAGCGAUAUGUGUUACUCGUUGAAGCUGAUACCCACUCCAGUCUAACAUUGCACAUCCGGAACGAGGAUGGUUACUAUUCGCGUCGUAAUUGCAAUCAGCGACCACAGACUGUUCCUCCAAAUAUUGCUCCACAUCUCUAUGGCCAGAUGGCGCAGACUGGCCAAGGAAUGACAGCACUGAGAAAGCAUGGAGACCUGCCGCAGCUACUGGAGCUGCUCACGCGCGCUAAAUGCUCGGAUGAUGCCGAGUGCCUGGAACUGAAGGCGGCCAUUUGGGCACUGGCCCACGCCUCAACCCAUGCCAAUGGAAUUGAAUACUUUGUAGAACUGAAUGACAGACUUUAUGAAAAGCUAAUUGUUCUGGUGACCAAAUGUGAGGUCUAUUCGGUGCGAGCCACCUGUUUUAGUGCCUUAGGACUUAUCGCUGGAACCCAAGCAGGAGCCAAUAUACUUUUUAAAUUGAAUUGGCUGAGUGUGCGGCAUGACAAAAACACCAUGUGGCCAGUACAUCAGCCGGAAGAUUGGAUGUCUAGCCAGUAUACACCUGUGCGACAUUACUACGAGGACAAUGUGACUAUGAUGGAGGAUUAUAUCGAGAGAUUCUACGACACAGGAUCCUACUAUUGGAAUCUGAUAGCCGAUCAGACUGAUGCAAGUGGCAAUGCAGGAGUGACAGUAUCCGGAGCUACCAUGGGUAUUCAUCCUACAGUCCAGGAUCCCAAUACAACGGCAACGACUACGGAUAGCGUUCGCACUGCAACAGAUGAUGUGCAUCCCAGAUUGUUGCCCAGCGCUGUUGCCGCCAAAUCAAAGACUCUUCCAGAGGGUAGCAAUCUGCGCCAAGGCAAGCAUCAGCGCUCACUUUCUGAAUCGAAGACUACAGAUGUGAUAAGUUUGCUUGGUGGAGGAACCACUACAAUGCCCGGAACGGGUCUCUAUCCCACACCGUAUCAGCAUCGCAUACGGUAUAACUCCUGCACAGAUUCAAAUACAUCCGGUGUAAGCAGCUGUGAAUCUGUGACCGGACGAACUGCAGCUGCUGCUGCCGCUGUGGCCAUGGAAUUUCAACAAUUCCCGCUGAGUCCUAUUCCAAGCAUGUCCAAUCUGUUAGAGAGCUAUGAGCUAUUUCGACGACAGCAAUUGUCCACCAGUCUGCUGCCCUCCACACUCAGUCCGAUGUCAAUGAAGGGCUACGCUCAGUUGCGAUCCUUGCGCCAGCACAGCCGACCCGUAUUCUCUGAGUCGUCAACAGAGUUCUACGACUUCGCGGAUAUUAUAGAUACUCCCGAGGUUCGGAUGCGUAAGCCCGACUGGACCCAAUCCAAUCGUCGCCUCAAGGUGCGCAGUUUGGACCGCCAACCCAAGUUGAAUGAAUUAUAUAGGCGGCUUUCCGAGGAGUUGACCGUUUUGUUACCCACUCUGAACGCUCCCAAGUUCCUACCGCAAAACGAUCUACAGGGACCGUGCUAUGCGGGAAUCUGCUUGCCUAAGAACGUUCUAGACCUCUUUCCGACCCGAAACCUCAGCAGAACGUAUGUCUCGCGAGAUAUCCAGGACCAAGAUCUAGUGGGCAUUAAUUUGCUAAGCAGCAUGGGACGUCAGCAGUUCCUUAACGACUCCUUGACCAACGAGGGUGGUGAUGAGUCGUCGGUUAUAUCAUCGUUGUCGGAUGUUUCAUCCGCAAGUCGCCGACAACCAAGACAAUGGCAACAGGGAGCCGCCAAACACGCGCGCAGUCAGUGUCUUCAUUGUGCUCGCUCCCCACGACAGCAGCGUCAUGACAGUAACAGCCAGAGUAAUGGAGGUGGAGGUGCAUCUCUUGCUCCCUGCGAACUGUACAGUAGUGCAGCUGCGGCUCUAGUGGCUGCCGGACUUCAGGCUGGACCAGCUUUGGCCAAAAAGAGCGGUUCGUCCGCGCCAGGAGCUUCCACAGCCCUUGGCGCGGACAUUAGCUUUCAUUCGCCGGAGAGCAUGUUGAGCGAGGAUAGCCUGCCGGACAGGCUUACGGCUUCUAUACUGUACAACGUGCAGCGUUUGGCCAAUCCCGUCAGUGCCAAGCAAUCGAAAAUGGCUCUGUUGGAGCUUAAACAGAAGCACCCGCACGCCUUUCAGGAUAUUUGCCUUUACUCGGAGUCCUGCAAAACGUUGGGAAGAAGCAGCUAUCGUAUGAUUGCCCGCCGUUUCUUGCAAGAGCUCUUUCUGGACCUCAAUUUCGACUCGUUCUAUGUGGAGCCGCAGUUAAUAAUUGGGGCACGAAAAUUUCCCGCCGAGGAGAAAGCAGACGCCACGCCACCCUCUCAGCCCAUGUUUAAACAAAUGAUUCUCAAGCCCAAGCCGACGGCUCAAUUGGCUAGCGUAUAUGAGACAAGUUGGGAGAACCUACUGAUGGAUCAGUCACCACGGAUAAACAAGGCAUCGCCAGCAGCUCAGCCUGCCAAUGUCCAACUAAAGACAAAGCCCCGAAAUCAGCUACACAUUGACGACACGGAAAGUUCGUUGUCCAGUACGGAUGGUGAUGAUGAUCCUGGAGAGGAUGUGUGCGACGGCAGUGGAGCAGGAACUCAGGCCAGCUCGGUGACCACUGCCCACACAGCCCUGCCCACCGGAAAUAGCAAUCGCAGUAGUAUUUGUACAAUAAGUCAGCAUCCACCAGGUGCCGGAGUUGGUGUGGGAACUUCAACUUCCGCUGGUGGGGCGAGUGGAACCGAUGAGGCUAGUACAAGUCUAAGAAACGAGAACCGGCAGUUCACUCGCGGCCGCUUUUAUACUCUCGAACUGGAUUUAAGCUGCACUAAAAACAAGUUUCCCAUCAAGGAUCGCAGCCAGGCAACACCGACGCCAGCGACCAAAAGCUCACCAACACAGGCUGUGCCCAUACUAAAGCGUCAGGUGAGCGCAGAUCAGGCAGUGUCACCUGUCGGCGGCAGCAAUGACUCUUCAACGGCUCUACAUUAUUCCACGGUAACCAAAAGCUUAUCGGCUUCGAUGGCCAAACCCGUGGGCAGUCUCUAUUGUGAGAAGCGUUUGCAGAGCUCGAAAUCAGAAGCGGUUCUUGAUGAGGGGGCGAUAGCGAGAAGAGCAUCUGGGGGUGCAGGAGUUGCUAGCUGGCGCCAAAUCCUAGACACACUCGGCGAAGAUCAACUAAAGUACGAUGAUGCACUGCCCACUACACACACAUCUCAUUUACCGCCCGCCCGCCUUCCUAAACCGAAACCAAUCGGAUGAAUGUAAUAUAUAUCAAAUCAAAGAACAUAUAGCUACCUAGUUUUUAGGACAACCCCACUAUAGGCAUUAAGUUAUUUUCGCCUAGUUUUUUAAGACUAAAGUUAUAAUUAAUUUUACGAUCACCAUUUAUGCAUAGUUAUUUUUAAUGAAAAAAACCAACAAACAACCAACAACAACAAAAAAUCCCAAAAAAUAAUAUAUAAUUUUCUAAUAUAAAUAACUACCAACAACAACAACACAUAUUGUAUAAAAGCAAAUUGGAUGAAUUACCUUAAAGCAACAAGAAACAACCACAAA